GCUCUGCGCACCAAUAGAUCGUACCGGUAAUUGUUAGCAUGCGCACCAAGCCGUCCCCGCUUGCGACGGGCCCGACCUUCUCGCCCAAGCAGAUUGCGCUCUUCUACUUCGCCAAGCUCGGCGAAGGCUCGGUCGUCGACACGAAGACGGGCCUGACCAAGAUCACUGAGCGCUACCAGUGUCUCCACUGCCCGUCGCCGCACAUCGUGACCAUCCAGCGCAAUGCGGGCUACAACAACCUCGCGCAGCACGUGUAUUCGCAGCACAAGGACUACGCGACGCUCAUGACGUCGUUGCCGCCGCCGCCGACCGCGGCCAUGGACCGGCCGAGCUCGACGUCGCUGCGCUCCAAGGCGUCAUUGGGUGCGACCGUGCACAACUACCUCGACUGGAUCGUUGGGGCGCACUUGCCAAUGGACUUUGCCGAGAUGGCGGGCGCCCACAUGUACAUCAAGCUCGACCGCAUCGAGCCCAAGAAGCUGCGCAAGUACCUCCGCCUUGUCACGCGGCGCGUCCAAGCCGACGUCCGGGCGGCCCUGCCGCCAACAUUUGCGCUGGUCGUCGAGCGCUGCGUGAGCGAGACCGGCGCGCCGUUCCUCGGUCUCUUUGCAGCCUACGCGCUCAAGAACGAGUUGCAGAUGCCACUGCUGGCACUGUACCACGACACGACGCCGAACGAAGCCGGCUGCGAGGUCGAGUACGCCGCCUUUCUCGACUAUGUGUUAGCCGACUUGAAGCGGACGCGCGCCGACAUCUUGUGCAUGAUUGCGUCCGUCGAGUCGCCGUUCAGGACCAUCGCUGACGAUAUGGACGUGCCCAUGGUGACGUGCGCCAGCUCGCGCUUGGACGCUGCCAUCCUCGCGUUUCUAGCAACGCCGGCCAAAGCGGACGCGAUCAACGCGGUCCGCGACCUCAUGAACGAGCUCCAGCGGCUUCGCACCGGCAUUCGGUACCGCAGCAUGCGUGAGUUGUACCCGAUUCUCGAAGACGACGCCAAGACGUGGCCCUCGACGCUGGCGAUGCUCCAGCGCUUCUUCAAGCUGCGCCCGCUCCUCGCCGCAUCCGGUACGUACGCGCAUCUUUUGGACGCUGUGACGGCACAUGACGAGACUGUGCUUCGGUCGCUCCUGGAGCAUCUCGUCAACCUCAACUCGGUCGCCAACCAUCUUUUGCAAACGGAGCGGACCAGCCUCUCGGACGUGCGACAGCUGCUGGAUAGCCUUCUUCUCGACUACUCGAGCUUGUCACCCUUUCUCAACGCUGACGGCGUCGAGUCACCGGCUUUUGAGAAAGCCGUCGUCAAGCUCCAGCAAGGCGUCAAGCUCCAGGCGACCGACCGCGCCGCCCUUCGCGACUUUGAGUCGCCCGUCGCGACUGCGCUCGCGGGCUUGGAAACCGACUAUGCGACACGGCUCCUCAAGCGCGCUCGCCUUGAGGCGGACGACAAGUACUUGGAGAUUUUGAAAGUGCUGCCAGCAACGGCCAAUCGGAUUCAGCACGCGUUUGCGACUGCCAAGAACGGUGUGCUGCCCACCAACAUUGAGACACUUCUCUUUCUUCAGCUCAACCGGUCGGUCUGGCCCGUGGACGUGGUCGCCGACGUCGUCGCGAAUGCUCAUCUCGAAGCCGACAUUGCCGCCGACGAGAGCAGUGACGAGGACGACGAGUCGAAUCAUUUUGUCUAGCACCCCUUACAUACGAGUCGUUAAUGUUCUAUAAUACUGGUAUACGAACUGUGCAAC